AUGCCCGCCCACUCACUUGAAGAACUCACUGAAAACGGCUGGGGGGAGGUACCCAAUAUAAUAACAACAGUAGAGACCUCAGAAAGGAUGAGAGUACCUGAUACUAUCAGUCAUGAGUACAUCAAGUGUGGAGAUGAUAAUAAAGUUGAUGUAUUAGUGAGUCAUUUUAAUAAAGUCAAACAAGAGAGAGGAGAAGCAAAAGCUCUUGUAUUCAUACAUAGAGACUCCUCCAUUAACCAAUUCAUGAGUGAACUAGCACAGAAAGACAUUAAACACAGAGCUCUUUAUAAAGAAGUGAUGGAUAUCAAUAAAUACAAGUCAUUCUUAAGAAAAUUUAAAAAUGGAGACAUUGAAAUGGUCAUUGGUACUGAAGAAACUGUACGUGGACUCGAUUUUAGUUUUGUAGGUACUCUGUACUUGACUGAAGUACCUCGUGAUGGUAUUGAGUACUUACACCUGGCGGGUAGAGUGGGUAGGAUGGGUAGAGAGGGAGAAGUGGUAGUACUGAUUGGAGGAGAGAAACAGGACAGAGACGCAGGGAGACUGGAGAGGAU